AUGUUUAAUAGUAACAAAAUUUCAUUAUUUCUGGUUGUUUUAACAGUACCUUAUUUUACAUCGGCAUUUAGUGUCAAACCAGGUCGAUGCCCACAUGCACAAUAUGCAUCCAGUGGUUGGACAUGUUCAGCAGAAGGUGAUGAUAGCAUGUGUUCGAAUAACUAUAAAUGUUGCCCAUUGACGAAUGGCAUGGCUUGCUUUGAGGCAUGCCCGACGUUUGAUCAGCCAUGCAGUUUAACAUGCCAGUUUGGUUAUAAAGUAGAUCCGUCACCAUGUGAAACGUGUGAAUGUGCUGAUAAUCCAUGUUCUACAACGACAUGUCCACUUGGUACAAAAUGUGCUGUAAGCAUGUAUGAGCCGUGUGGAAUCAAAGGCCGAUGUGGGUUAAAGACAAGUUGUAUUGAUGAUCCAGCACAACUGGAAGGUUUAGACUUAACACCAAAACCAGGAAAUUGUCCAAAUUAUUGGCCGCUUGGAGGUGGAGGACUCACCGCUUGUAAAGGACCUGAUGCGAUUUGUGGAGGAACAGAAAAGUGUUGCCAAGCGCCAGGAGGUAUGACAUUCAUGCCAAAUGCAUUUGAAAACCCUUCAAGCUAUUGUGUAAAACCAUGCCAAGACCUAAGUGACUGUAUCCUUACCUGUCCAAGGGGAUUAGAUAUUGAAGGUGGAUGUCAUGUAUGUAAAUGUGCUCCAGAUCCUUGUGCUACAGUGACUUGUCUACCAGGUGAACGCUGCGAAUUACUACCAACACCAUGCGCCCAUUAUCCUGGAAGGCCACCUUGUCCACUGUAUCCAGUUUGUCGCAAAUUAAGUAACAGACAAGUUUAA